AUGAAAAUAGCAUCUUUUAACAUUCAGAAGUUUGGAAGAAGCAAAGUGUCAGACCCUGAGGUCCUUAACAUCCUGACUAAGAUUGUGUCUCGAUAUCAUAUCGAUAUCAUUCUGAUCCUGGAGGUGGUGGACGCCACCGGAGAGUCCGUAGCAAUUUUCAUGGAAGAACUCAACAAAGCCCACGAGGGAUACACUUAUAAAAUCAGUAAACGUGUGGGCAGAACACGCUACAAGGAGCAGUUCAUGUUCAUCUACAAAAGUGAUGUGGUUAAGUUGGUGAACGAUGAGCAGUUUAAUGAAGAGGCAACAACCGGAAAAGAUGUUAUUGACAGAGACCCCUACAUCCUGGAAUUAACAUGCAGCAAUACAGUUGUGAAGGACCUGGUGAUGAUCCCAGUUCACACCAAGCCAAAGGACUCUGAGAAGGAGCUCGAUGAACUGUACGAUGUCAUCAUGUUUGUUAAGACGGAAUGGAAUACUGAUAACAAUAUGAUCUUGGGUGACUUCAAUGCAGACGGCUUGUUCAUUUCCAACAGUGACAUGGAGAACAUUCGCAUUCGUAAAGAUGAGAAAUUCCACUGGCUGAUUAGAGAUGGCGUGGACACUACAGCAAACCCCAACAACACCAACACCUAUUACCUACAGGCUUUGAAAGUGAGUGACCAUUAUCCAGUGGAGGUUGACUUGAAGUCCAUAGUUGAGACAGAUGAAACAAAUGCUUGUCCUGUGGAGAACAAAUUAAUUACAGACAAAAAGCCAAAAGGAAAAACCUCUGCCUACUCCUUUGUGAGGGCCUUCUAUGAGGAGCACAUGAAGAAGCACCCAGGAGCCAAAGUAAUAUUAAAAGAGGUUACCAAAAUGUGCUCAGAAAAAUGGAAGACCAUGUCACCUGAGGAGAAGGCAAAGUUUGAAGAGAUGGCCAAGAAUGACAAGCUCCGGUAUGACCAGGAGAUGAAGUCCUAUGUGCCACCUGCAGGUGCCAAGAAGGGCAAGAAGAAGAAGAAGAAGAAGGACCCCAACGCGCCCAAAAAGCCACCCUCUGUUUUCUUGAUCUUCGCCUCUGAACACCGUGAAAAGGUCAAGGUGGAUAACCCAGAGAUCUCCAACACUGACAUCUCCAAGAAGCUUGGUGAGAUGUGGACAAAGAUGAGUACCACAGACAAGGCCCCCUAUGAGGCCAAGUAUGCCAAACUGAUGGAAAAAUAUGAGAUGGAAGUUGCUGCCUACAGAGCCAAAGGCACCAAGAAGGCGGAAUCAGCUGACGAUGAGGAGGAUGAAGACGAGGAGGAUGAUGACGAUGAGGAUGAUGGUGACGAGGAUGAAAAUGAUGUUGACGAGGAUGAUGACUAAGUUGUUUCUGUGUUUGAGGAUGUGAAGUUUGUGAUGAGUUUGUUUAUGUUUGUUUUUGUUUUGGGGUUGGACGAGUCCAGCAGUAUAACCUGCUGUCCCUGUGGGUCGACCUCAGUUGAGCUGUACUA